AUGCGGCCGCGGCAGCCGCACCGCCAGAGACUUCCUCCACCCCACGCGCCCUGGCCUUCUGGCCCACGUGAUGGCAGCGGCGUCUCGGAGCCUCACCCGCCUAUACCUCCAGACAGGGGUGGGCCCAGGGGCCCCCUAGAGGGGCCCCCUUACGAUUACUAUGCGGGCCGGCGUGGGGGCCCCAUGGGACCCCUCCCCAUGUACCCUUUGCGCCGGUGCAGCGACAGCCCGGGGCCCCCCUUGCUGCGUAUCCCGUACUAUGCAAGGGGGGAGGAGAGGGAAGGGGCCCUUGGGGCCCCCCCUACGCGUCUGCUGCAGCGACGAAUGCCGCCAGACGAGCUGCAGCAGCUGCAUGCGCAGCAGCAGCAGCAAUACUACGAGGAGAUGCGGAGGCGGCCUCCGUCUUCUGCGUGGCGAAGUCGGCGCAGGAGCUGCAGCAGCAGAGGCAGCAGCAGCGGCUGCGAGUCCGAUAGAGAGGGGCCCUCCGGGGGCCUUGUAAACAGGAGGGGAUCUGCAUUGGAGAGAGAACGAAAAAUGAGCCGGAGCCGCAGCGUAAGUACUAUUAGCGUCAAUGAGGCAUCGGACGCCUCCUGCAACGAAGGAUCCAGUUCGUAUGAGCAACAGCAGCGCCAGCGGCGGUCGUGGCAGGAACGCGCUGCUGGAGCAGCAGCAGCCGCCAGCAGCAGAAGCAGCAGGCCUGUGGAUGGCUCUUUUCGGAGGUCCUUCUCGAGAGGAAGUGGGGUCUCCGCUGUCUCCUCCCGCCGAUCUCGAUCCCGAUCCCGAUCUCGAUCUCGAUCUCGAUCCCGUCGGCACUGGCAGCAGCAGCGGGGAAUGGUGAUGCUCAUGCACCCUCCAGGCCCCCACGGGAGCAGCAGGUGGCAUGCGGAGCAGCAGCAGCAGAUGAUGAUGCUGCAACGACAACGGCAGCACGCGUGGGAAAAGCAGCAGCAGCAGCAGAUGAUGAUGAUGAUGCAGCGGCACACGAGCAAACGCAGCAGGAGCUGCAGCAGCUCAGGCCGCUCUGUCUCCUGUAGCAGCAGCAGCAGCAACGGGAGACGGCGGCGGCAGCAGCAGCAGCAACAACGGAGGCAGCGCGAGGUGUCUCCUGAAAGGCGGCGGCAUUUGCUCUCCAAGCACCUCCCCAGGCAGCAGCACCCUCCAACAGCAGGAGCCGCAGCGGCAGCUGCCCCCAGUCUCAGAAGGAGCAAGGCACUCAAUGGAGACGUGGCGCGUUCAUCUGAUAACCAAACCGACCAGGUUACCUAUGCAGCUAGCAGCAGCAGCACAGAUAGCCACAGAAGCAGCAGCAGUAGUAGUAGUAAUAGUAGCAGCAGGCCGGGUGGGGCUGCUGGUGCUACAGUGCCAAAGAGGUCCGAGGUACAGUUAGGGGGAUACCAAACUGCAGAUCCAGAAGCAGAGGCGGCAGACAGCAGCAGCAAACGCAGUAGCAGCAGCAGUAGCAGCAGCAAGCCUCAUCCGCUGCCCUGCAGCAGCAGCAGCCCGAGUGGCGAAGACAAACAUCACGGCAGACCGCCAGGCAAAGCCGAGGGUUUUGGCAGCAGCAGCGCGCAAAAGCUCAGCAGCAGUAGCAGCUGCAGCAGCAGCAGCAACGGCGUGAGGGAUCCGAACAAGGAGGCCAGCGCAGCAGGAGAUAGCAGCAGCAAACACUUCGCUGACACUCCGGACGGAAGGCGGACUACUGAAGCGCAGCAUCCCACUGCUGCUUUCCAAGACCGAACAGACCGGAGCAGCAGCAGCAGCAGCGGCGGCAACGGCAGCAAACGACCGCGCGAGGAUGAUGCCGUAGGAGAGAGUAGUGGCAGCUGUAGUAACACCAGCAGCGGUAGUAGCACAAGCAGAGAAGCAGAUCGGCUGCCUGCAGCACCAGCAGCUGCUGCUCCAGCGGAAUCCCGGAACGGAAGAGCGGCAAUAGAUGACGACAUGCCCGUAAACUCCAAGGGGGAGGCGAUCAGCAACAGCAGCACCAGCAGCUGCAGCACAGCAAACAAGGAAGACAAGAUGCGGUGGAGGCAGCAACGAUUUAAUGAAUUCAAAGCAGCCCUCAGUAGCAAAGCAAGCAGCCCAGUAGCAGCAUGUGCAGCAGUGUCGUCUCCUGCUGCUACUGCGGCUGCUUCGGGGGUGCAUCAACAGGAAAGCCAGGGAGCGCCUCGUCCGGAGGUAGGCGCUGCUGCACCUGGUACUGCUGCUCCUACGGGCGCGAAGCAACAUUGUCCCCACAGCAGCAGCAGCAACAGCAGCAUAAGUCGGGCCCCUGCAACAUGCAGCAGCAGAGUGCCGAGUCGCAUUGAGUCCGAGGUUUCUGCGGCAGCAGCAGCAGCAGCAGCAGCAGCUGCUGCUGCUGCUGCUGCUGCCGGCUUGGAAGCGGUGCACGGUACAGAGGUUUCUGCGGCAGCAGCAGCAGCAGCAGCGAAAGCAACAGCAGUGGCAGAAGCAGCAAAACCAACACCUGCGCCGCCUAAGCCGUCGAGCAGCAGGUGGGACAAAUGCCCCGACGGGAAGGUAAACGGUGCCCUGUCUUCUGUUGCUGCAGCUGGGAAGCCAGCAGCAGCCGUAGCAGCUGCAGCAGCAGCGUCCCGAAGCAGUGUGAGAGCUGAGCAGCGGAAACAACAGAAGCAGCAGCAAGAGGAUUCUGAUGAGGAGUACACCGUAGCACUUUCUGGCUGCAUUCCUCGGCCCUUGCCUUCACGUCUUCCUCCUCCUCUCGGAUGUUCCUAUGAAAACCACAAACGCUUCUUGUCUCUCAUCAGAAGCCGACGGACCCUCGGACAGCAGUGGCGCACUUCCGUGCUGGAGCUGCAGCAGCAGCAAACGGAGCACUUGCUGCAGCGCAUUGAUGUGGAGGGGCGCCAGCCGCGGACGACGGUGUUCGUGGUGAAGCAGCAGGGGCAGCAGCAGCAGCGGCAGCAAUUUCAUAGCGCCUCUUCUGCUGCAGCGAGCAGCAGCGGUUGCUGCUCAGCUACAGCAUUUUUAUUUUGUUGCUGCAGUUCCCCCUUUUUUGCUGCGGCGAUCGACUUGCCGGCAUCAUCUACCAGCAGCAACAGACUGCCAUCACGAGCAGCAGCAAACCAACAGCAGGGAGUUACUUUCCUUUUUGCGGCUGCCAUUGAGCAGCUCUGCAGCAGCAGCAGCAGCAGGGGGUGCUUCUGCUGCUCUGCAUCUGCGGCGGCCCCCUUGUUGAUUUGGCGAGCCCAAGCAGCGCCAGGCUAA